CGACAGCUCAUUCUACUAGAACUCCUUUUCUCGAAGAAUGGAGAGCUGAUUAACCCAUUCUCCUUCUCAAAUCUCGACACUCGUUGCAAAAUCUCCUCCCAAAUUCGAAAUCUGUCCGUCAAUGUUGUGCUAUUUCACUAACACAUAAGAGCUAUCGUCAUGGUUGGCAGUUCAUUGAAGAGGAGAACUAGGAGAUCGACCUCUCCGCCGUCCCUGUCCAUGGCGUCCCCCGCUUCUUCAUUCAGUUGGAGAAGAAGUUUCCUUGUGAUCCCUCUCUUCCUGGUCUUAUGCGUUCCCGUCACAAUUUUUUCAUUACGUCGAAAUCAAUUACUCUAUGAAGUCCCUUCGACCCAUUACUUAAUUGAAGUUGUCAAUGAGUAUCCUCACGAUCCGAAAGCCUUCACGCAGGGCCUACUGUAUGGAGGAAAUGACACUCUAUAUGAGUCAACUGGUCUUUAUAAUGAGUCAUCAGUCAGGAAGGUUGUUCUCCAGACUGGGAGGGUCGAAGUUCUUAAAAAGAUGGGCGCUUCUUAUUUUGGGGAGGGUCUUACUCUUCUUGGUGAAAGGUUGUUCCAAGUGGUUUGGUUGAAGAAAACUGGUUUCAUAUAUGAUCGAUAUAAUAUAAACAAACUUGGAAAAUUUACUCAUCAGAUGCAAGAUGGUUGGGGACUGGCAACUGAUGGGAAAAUCUUAUUUGGUAGUGAUGGAACUUCAACUUUAUACCAGCUUGAUCCUCAAACAUUUAAAGUCAUAGGAAAAGCUGCUGUCAGAUACAAUGGUCAUGAAGUUUAUAAUCUCAAUGAAUUGGAGUAUGUAAAUGGAGAAGUGUGGGCGAAUGUUUGGCAGACUGACUGCAUAGCUAGAAUUUCCUACAAAGAUGGAACUGUUCUUGGAUGGAUUCUCCUUCACAGUUUAAGGGGAGCUUUGAUGGGAGCUGGGGAUGCAGCUAUUGAUGUUCUGAAUGGAAUUGCCUGGGAUGGAGAAAAGAACCGUAUAUUUGUGACAGGGAAACUAUGGCCAAAGCUUUACGAGAUCAAGUUGCAUCCAGUCAGGGUUCUAGCUGAUGAUGCCGUGGAGCAACUCUGCCUGCGGCAACCAUUCCAUUUUGCACAUGUGUGAAGGUCUUAAUAAAUGACGUGGAAGUUUGAACAUAGUGAUGCUUUGCUGGAUCAAUUAAUCUGCUAGUGACUCCCCUUUUGCCAAUGCCCAAGCAUUGUUAUGUACAUGAAAGUUUGUGGUGCAGGAUGCAGGUUUAAUUCAGAUUGAAUGUUCAAGUGCAAGCACCUGCUCCCUAUAAUUGGUUUCCAAUUUACAAGACUAAUUGAAGAGAAUAUGCAUCUAGUGUCGACAUGAGCCUGAAGGAGCUAUUUCACUGCAAUGAAGGUACAAAUAGAAGCCUCUGG